AUGCCCCCAAGCUCAGGAGUACAGUUUGCCCUUUUUUUGGUUGCAAAUGUCUUGGUCCUUUUUUGGCUCAUUCGCACCUUGUCAGUAUACUCCCUCAAGCCUUCUCCCAUCGAACAAGUGGCCCCUCAAACCUUACUCUCAGAUACCCCAACACUCAUUCAAACUGCAACAGCUACAGCUACAGCUACAGCUACAGUCAAAACAACAAUAACUGCAACCACAACACUGAAAUCAGUUGAAACAAUCGUGGAAACAAUCGUGGAAACAUAUACUGCCAUUCCAUUCCAGUACUCUCAUGAUCAAUCAAAACCACUAUUGGAACAAUGCGACCCCUACAAUGAACCAGGUUACUUUAAUGCUUCAGAUCACAUUUAUUGGAACACUACAUAUCACUCUCUAAACCCAGGGUGCCAACCUCUUUAUUUAGAUAUUUUCCAGAAAAUGAAAAGAAAGGAAGAUAUUCCAGAGCUCGUGAAUAAAACUGCUAUUUUUUUUGGCGACUCUGUUGAUAGACGUCAACUAAUUACAAUCUGCAAUACUGUCAAGGGUACCGUAACCCAAACUUACCAAGAAGAUCAUGACAAGCCUUGGAAUACUACUGUCGCCAAAGAAGCUCCCAACUGCUUCCCCCGAAUUUGCCAUGUCCCUCAUUAUAAUUUGACCUUGGCCAUUUACUUCAUGUACGGGUUUGAUUCUGAUGGUAUCUGGAUGGACAGGAAAGAAAAGUUUUGGGAACCACAACAAUGGCGUGCACGUUUGGAGCUCUUUUCUGAAACUAUGAAAUCACUUGGUCGUGGUGACCCUGAUGUCGCAUUCUUUAAUUUCGGUCUAUGGGAACUUGCUCGUCUCGACCGGCUUGCAUCAUGGGCUAAAUUACCAGAAACAAUGAGUUUUAACCUAACCCAGCUCACUGGCUACCAAGAAAAUCUUCUUGAAUUUACAACAAAACUUAAAGCCAGAUUACCUAAUUCCCAACUUGUUUACCGCGAAGCACAUUAUCCUUUAAAAGCUAGGUACAGAUAUACCCCAGUUGAUAUGCCACGGAACUAUAGAUAUGCUGCUCAGAAAGUAGAUCAGCUCAAUCAUGUGGCUCAGUCAGUAAUGAAAAAUGAAGGUGUGGUUUAUUGGCCAAUUGGUCAAUUGACAAGAGGUAUGCCUAAACGGGAGUUGUAUAUGGAUGAUGUACACCCAAACAAGCGUUCGUUUUUAAACAUCUGGGGGCCUGGUGUGAUGGAAUAUAUCCUUCGAAGUCCACGUGUCGGUGAAACAGUAAUUGAAGAAGUUAAAGAUGAUAAGCAAGAAAACAAGAAAGAGGAUAAGAAAGAGGAUAAGAAAGAGGAUAAGAAGGAAGAUAAGAAUGAGGAUAAGAAGGAGGAUAAGGAAGAUAAGAAUGAGGAUAAGAAGGAAGAAAAGGAAGACAGCAAAAAACAAGACGUUCAAAAGAGUAAACAAGAGGACGCUCAACAAAACACCCAAGAGGAAAACAAAGAAGAAAAUAAUGAGGAUAAGAAAGAGGAUAAGCAAGAGGACAAGCAAGAGGACAAGCAAGAGGACAAGCAAGAGGACAAGAAGGAGGAUAAGCAAGAGGAUAAGCAGGAGGAUAAGCAGGAGGAUAAGCAAGAAGAUAAGAAAGAGGAUAAGCAAGAGGAAAAGCAAGAGGAUAAGCAAGAGGAUAAGAAAGAGGAUAAGAAAGAGGAUAAGCAAGAGGAUAAGAAAGAGGAUAAGAAAGAGGAUAAGCAAGAGGAUAAGAAAGAGGAUAAGAAAGAGGAUAAGAAAGAGGAUAAGAAAGAGGAUAAGAAAGAGGAUAAGAAAGAAGGUAAAAAUUAA